AAAAACACAAUAAAAUAAAACAUAAAUACUAGACCAAAAAAGCAGCUAGUAAAUACAAGCCAGUGGCAAAUAAGAAUGAAUAUAUUAACAAUUGUUUUGAAGGCAUAUGUAAUUAUACAUCCCAGUGACCUGGCCGUACAUGUUGUGUUUUAUGAUAAUUCACUGUAUUUGCCAAUUGCAUUAUAAAAAAAAAAAAGUUGUACAAACUCCUUAAGCAUUACAGAUUCACUCUAGCGUUAUAACAGGCUUUGUAAAAAACUGUAAGAUAACGUUAAUAUUUUUUAUUUAAAUGUAUUCUCCACAAUUAUCAUUAUUAUCAGUGGCGGAACGCAAAAUUCAUUUCCUCUGUUUCUUGGGGAAGCCAUUUAAAAGCAACACAUAACAAAACAGCCAUAUCCAUGUUUCUAUAAUCAUUUUAUUAUAGUUUUAUGGCCCCAGCUGAUUUUUUCGUUUUCUUUCUUCUUUUAGCAUUUGUGAAAAUCUGUUUGUUGUUCUGAUAUGUUUCGUUUUCAUAGUUCUGUACUUGUUCUUUCUGAGAUACGAUGGAUGGAUGUAGAUUGAUUGAAUGAAUUCCUUUAUUGACUGGAUCUCAAAGAAUCUCACUUUUAUCUAACCUCCAGGAAUCUUGUCUAUGUCUUCUAGAAGAAUGUCCUCUGAUGAAGACGCUCCACAGCUUCUCUCCUCCUCCUCCUCCUCCUCUUCCUCUCCUCCUGCAGACUCUCACUACAUUGGGAGGAAGGAGGACAUAGUAAAAGUGGGCAGAGUGACCAGACUGCUGAACGGCUCCAGAGAUGUCCUCGUUCUGCACCACCAGGGACAGCUCUACGCUAUGGACAUGCGUUGUUACCAUGCUGGAGGUGUUUUACAACAUGGAGACAUAGAGGAGUUCAAUGGCAGGUUAUGUAUCGUGUGUCCAUGGCAUAAGUACAAGAUCACCCUGGCUGAAGGAGAGGGCCUGUACCAAGCAGUGAAGGAUCCUACGGUGAGGCCUCUGAGGACAGAGUGGCGCUCUAAAGGCGUAAAGCAGCGUGUGCACCAAGUCACAGAGGUCAGAGGUCAUGUGUAUGUGACCCUGAACACAUGCGCAGAGGAUGUGGAGUCUGACCGGUACCAGACCGACAAAUACAGGACUACCUUCUGUAAAGAUCACACAAGAAACAACACAUAAUAUGGUGUGGAUAUUUUGGACCUUUAUAAUAAAAUAUACGUCUUUUGCA